CACUACAUUGUACAAUUUGUACACAGUUGUGUUAAUCACACGGAAAAUAAAUAGCAUAAAAUAACAUAUUUGAUAUCGUAAUUUUUAUAAUACUACUAAUACUGUAAAGGCGAAUGUAAAAGUUAUGUGGAAUCAAAGAUAAGAUAUAAAUAUGGAGGUUUCAGGCCCAGGAAAAUCACCAAACACAUCACUUUCGUUCAGAUACAAUGCAAAUAAUGAAGAGUUGGAAGAAUUGUUUCAUGCAUGUGAUGAUGAUCCUCCAACUCCUCAACCUGACCCGCCAGUCAGGUCUGAAAGUGCUAGUCCAAAGAAAACAGAGAAAUCACCCUCCAUAAUAGAUAAAUAUUUUAAGUCCAUGAGAACAGAAAAGCUCCCAGAGAAAGUGGAUGAUCUAAAACAGGAUCCCAAACCUGAAGAAAAUCGUAGCCCCAUAGCACCCAAAGAGGUCACAUCCUCCCCAAUGAAAGAAUACUUAAACCGUCUUGGUAAACGAAGUAUCUCAGAAGUUGUUCCAGAGAGUAAUGAGACUUGGAAAAUAUUUCAUGAUUUCAAAUUUAAAAUAGCUCAGGCUGUUGAGGAUAUGAAAACACGUUCAGGUGAAGAAACAAAAGAUAAAACAUUGCCAAGAGAAAAUUCAACAUCUGAUUCUGAAGAAUCUUCUGCUAUGAGAGAUGUAGACCAACAAAGCAUGGGCGAUACUGAUAACCAGGUAUCAUCGUUAGAUAGCAGUAUACAGAAUUUAUCUGAUGUGACUCAGCCGUUAACAGCCAAGCCUACUGAGUAUGAAUUAUGUAAGGAACUUAAUACAACCAAAACCCAUUCGGAAUCCAGUGAUGACACACAUAAGAAUUUAGCUCACAGCGAAUCUGAUCUAACAAAAGAAUUACAAGACAGCCUAGAAGUUGAAUCUGGCGUCGAAGCUCUAGAAGAUACGAUAGACGCUUUCGGUGACUUGAAUCAGAUAGAAACGGAUAUUAACAGUCAAAAGCGUGACUCAUCUCUUUUACAACCAAUACCCACAUCUCCGCCAUCGAACUUCGGCCUCCCACCCAGCAAGAGUAACUUACACAAAGAGGAACCGACGAAGAAACAGAAAGCCUACUUCUUCAAAUUCUCAAUGUACCUCCUGACAAUAUUCCUCUUGAUGAACUAUAUACUGUUCCCGAAUUGUCAAAUAUGGAAUGGUUUUUUGCUCGGUAUAUGGUUCUUCUGUCUCGCGAGCAACUUGAAGGAGUGGCUGUUGGAUAAUUACUUCAGCGAUGAGCCCCGAAGAGGUUUCUUUCAAUUGAAUCGUACGAAUUCGGUGCCUUUCACGUACACAAUACCGUCUGUUAAAGAACAUAGGCCACUCAAAAAAUAUGAGGGUUGGAUGAAUCACUACCGGUAUCCAGACUAUGACCCCUAUACCUACCACAUAAAUAAGACAACCACCGCAUUCAUGAAACUCGAAGGAUGCAAUUUGCGCAUAUCAUACACGAAAACGAAAAUAGCAAAGCGCGCGCUAUGGGACGAGAAGAUCGAGAAGGUCACAUUCUACCAACACCGACUGUACAACCUAACCGGCGCCAAGGUCAUAUUGCUCCCCAAGGGACUCGUUAAGAGACGGCAAUGGAGCAAAAAAUAUCCGAUUUGCAUAAUUUUAAACGAAAAAGAGAAGAUUCAAGUGCUCGAGAAAGAAAAUACCCAGGCGGAGAGGAAGCUGUCCGAGUCAUUAGAGAAAAAGAAUAAGGAAUUGCCGCUCGAGACGGAGAGCACGGAAACGAAUACUAGUCCAGAGAAAAAAAGGAAAUUUAUAUGGAGAAGGAAAGAAAAAAGCAUUCCACACAAUGAAGGAGAAACUGGGAAAGAAGGUCUGCGACACAGAUUAGUUAGGAAAAUGCAUAGAGAUAAGAAAAUAGACAGCACGUCGACGUGCACGGAACCAGAAAACCAAGGUCAAUCCGAUAAAAAUACUCAACCGGAAGACUCGGUCGAGACUGAAAUAGAAUUCACCACGAAGUCUGUCACCAGCACCAAAGACGAUGACGAAUAUUUAGAUGAAAGUGAACUGUCACGCAUUAAGGAAUUUUUAGAAGAAACCGAAAUCGAGACAGGAGUGGAGGGUGCGGCGGAGGGGGAGUGGAGCGUGCACGUGAAGCAAUCCAAGGACAAGCACUCGCACCUGUAUCUGUUCGCACGCACGGGGCGAGAUAAACACGAAUGGUACCGUCGUUUCAUGAUAGCGAUCUCAGAAGCGAACGCGAACGCGUCGGUAGACAACUCCGGCUCCGAAGAAAAGUCUACGAGCGACAACGCACAGGAGACGAAAGACGGAAUAGAGCUCGCCGUGUAUAAACUGUCAGAGAAGGACACUGUCGCGUUUGCUAAGAGUAAAACAAACGAUUCCGUGACGGAGGGCGUCACGAUAUCUCCGUCGCACCCCGCGCCCUCCAUCUUUGAGUCCUACGAGAAAACCUUCUGGCCGUAUUUGCAGAAAAUUAUACAGACGCAUGAAGUUCCAACGAAACAAAAAGCGGAUAUAGGCGUUAUGUGCCAGUUAGAGCCGACUCCUCAUGAGCGCUCCAAGCACAAGAAGAAGAAAAAAGGCGAUACACAGAGCUCGUCCCCGGACUGCGAGUGCCGCUCGCUGCCGGCCGAGCUGACGUGGAUGAACACGCUGCUGGCGCGCCUCAUGUACGACGUGACGCGCGACCCGAACACCGCCGCGCGGCUGCAGAACCGCAUCCAGCGGAAACUCAACACGCUCAAGCUGCCGUCGUUCAUGUCGCCGCUGGUGGUGACGGAGCUGCGGCUGGCGGGCGCGUGCCCGCUGCUGUGCGGCGUGGGCGCGCCCACGUGCGACGCGCGCGGCGUGUGGCUGCACGCGCACUUGCGCUACGACGGCGGCGCCACCAUCACCAUCCUCACGCAGAUCAACCUCAUGAAGCUCAAGGAGAAGAAUAUCACGUUGGAGGAUCAGUUACUCGGUACGAGUGAGAACAUAAUCGAGAGUGAGGUCAAUUUCGACUCGCAGACGGGGUGCGUUUCUCCGGAGCUGAAGAGGAAAAAGCCAGCAAUUUACGAUUCCGACGUAGAAGACUCUGCGGAGUCCAGCAGCGACGACGAGAGCCCGCCCGUGCAGCCCGUCGACAGCGCUGAGAACAUGAUCGUCUCGGAGUCCACGACAUCAACGAACGAAGGUGGCUCUUCAAAGAAGAAGUUCCUUCGAAUGGUGGACAAGAUAGCCACGAAUAAAUACUUUCAACAGGUAACGGACUAUAAGUACGUAAAACGUGCAAUGGAAGGUUUGUCUAAUACGGACAUUAAACUACAAUUAGAAGUCAACGGCUUAGAAGGAAGGCUCGCUAUCAACCUGCCUCCGCCCCCUCACGACAGGCUGUGGAUCGGAUUUUCAACAAACCCCCAAUUGGUCCUGAAGGCGCGGCCGGCGGUGGGCGCCCGCACGCUCCGCUUCGCGCACAUCUCCAACUGGAUCGAGCAGAAACUCACCAAGGAGUUCGAGAAGGUCCUCGUGCUGCCCAACAUGGAGGACAUCAUCAUCGACGUGCUCACGCCGACGCCCGUGGAGUUUGAGUAGCCGUGAGAGUGCGUUUCGUACGGCAGAAUCUUCGAAAGUAAAGCAGGUAACAAAGCGGCGCUCGGGAGAUUCGACUAUUCGGAUUCCAUGGUCGUAUCGUAAUAAUCGUUUUCGCUAAUAAAAAUACUCAGGGGAAAUCGAAACGUAUGAAUUGUAAGAAAGAGACAAAUGUAUUGUUGCACGUUAGCUUUCUUACUCUUUGUAUUACUUGUGAUUGUUGUUAGACCGAACACAUUCUGCUAUACUAUAAUAGUUAUCUGUCAUAAGCGUUUUCUGUGUGACCCUGAGCUAUGUGUAUUGAUAUUUUUCCCAAUAAAUAUUUCGUUAUUCUUUUUAUACUGUGGUUCGAAUGUUAAUAAUGUUUUAUCCAGUAUAAAAACAGCCUAACGUCUUGUUACUAUGCAAAGUAAAUUAGCUCUACGUGCUAAUUAAAUUUGAAGGGAAUUGACCAGUAUUAUAAAUGGCAAUUGUGACUAAUUAGGUCGAGACAAUUCGGUGUUAAUGUUCUAUACACCUCAAAGAUAAUUGAACUCACCGCAUACCUCAUCUAUCCUUAUGAGUAUAAUUUACACAAAAUAUAUUGUAGAGUGUUUGUUACGUGAAAAUUAUCAAGGUAGGAACUAUAUGUAACCUGAAUGAUUUUUUUUAUUAUUAUUUAAAUAAUAUAUUUGGUUUGAUUAUACAAAUUUUUAUGUCGAUAAAUUGUAAUGUAAUAAUUCGUAGUCGUUCGUGCGAAUUAAUAUAGUUUUGUGUACAAGAUAGUAUAGUCUUUGUAUUUGGCAUUUACUUGUAAAGUUACUAUUGUCGUUUAAUAGUUGUUUUUUAUAAUUAUUAUAAAAAAAAAGUAUGAAUUAAAAAUCUGUAGUUAGAUGUAUAAAAAUAUUAAAAACCAAAUAAACAAUCCUUCGAAAGGAACGAGUUCAAAUAAUUAAAAUCAUCAAGCAUUUAUGAUAUUUAUUAUGACUUCGAAGCUCAAAAGACUUUUAUGAAAAACAUUGAAAGACAUUGUAAAUAUAUGUAAAAUAUGAAUUUGUAUUGAAUAAAAUGUUCAAAUAUGGUCUAAAAUUUAUA